GGCCCCAGAGGGGGCGGAGCAGGGCCCGGGAGCCGAGCAGCCUGGCAACGCCGGUGGCGCCCGGAACCCGAGAGUUUCCAGCAUGGCAUCUGCAUCAGCUCCUAAAUGUAAUUCACACACCUCGGAGAAUGAGCCUGUUAAGAGUACAUCUCAAGAUGGAGUCAAUUGUGAUCUCAAUGAGACUGUUCCUCGACUUCCAGGAGAAACACUGAUUACUGACAAAGAAGUUAUUUACAUAUGUCCUUUCAAUGGCCCCAUUAAGGGAAGAGUUUACAUCACAAAUUAUCGCCUUUAUUUGAGAAGUUUGGAAACGGAUUCUACUUUAAUAUUUGAUGUCCCUCUUGGUGUCAUAUCAAGAAUUGAAAAGAUGGGAGGAGCAACAAGUAGAGGAGAAAAUUCCUAUGGUCUAGAUAUUACUUGUAAAGACAUGAGAAACCUGAGAUUCGCGUUGAAACAGGAAGGCCACAGCAGACGAGAUAUGUUUGAAAUCCUCACAAGAUAUGCCUUUCCUCUGGCCCACAGCCUGCCACUGUUUGCAUUUUUAAAUGAAGAAAAGUUUAAUGUGGACGGUUGGAUGGUUUACAAUCCAGUUGAAGAAUACCGAAGGCAGGGGCUGCCCAAUCAUCAGUGGAGAAUCACUUUCAUCAAUAAGUGCUAUGAACUCUGUGAGACUUACCCUGCCCUUUUGGUGGUUCCAUAUCGUGCCUCAGAUGAUGACCUCAGGAGAGUUGCAGCUUUUAGAUCCCGAAAUCGAAUCCCGGUGCUGUCAUGGAUUCAUCCUGAAAACAAGAUGGUCAUCGUACGCUGCAGCCAGCCUCUUGUUGGUAUGAGUGGUAAACGAAAUAAGGAUGAUGAGAAAUAUCUCGACGUUAUCAGGGAAACUAACAGACAGCUUUCUAAGCUCACAAUUUAUGAUGCAAGACCCAGUGUAAAUGCAGUGGCCAACAAAGCAACAGGAGGAGGAUAUGAAAGUGAUGAUGCAUAUCAUAAUGCCGAACUUUUCUUCUUAGACAUUCAUAAUAUUCAUGUUAUGCGGGAAUCCUUAAAAAAGGUGAAAGACAUUGUUUAUCCUAAUGUAGAAGAAUCUCACUGGUUGUCAAGUUUGGAGUCUACUCAUUGGCUUGAGCAUAUCAAGCUUGUUUUAACAGGAGCCAUUCAAGUCGCAGACAAAGUUUCUUCAGGGAAGAGCUCAGUACUUGUGCACUGCAGUGAUGGAUGGGACAGGACUGCUCAACUGACGUCUUUGGCUAUGCUGAUGCUGGACAGCUUCUAUAGGAGCAUCGAAGGCUUUGAAAUACUGGUACAAAAAGAAUGGAUAAGUUUUGGCCAUAAAUUUGCAUCUAGAAUAGGUCAUGGUGACAAAAACCACGCUGAUGCUGACCGAUCUCCAAUAUUUCUGCAGUUUGUUGACUGUGUGUGGCAGAUGUCAAAACAGUUCCCUACAGCUUUUGAAUUCAAUGAACGAUUCUUGAUUACAAUUUUGGAUCAUCUAUAUAGCUGCCGGUUCGGUACUUUCUUACUCAACUGCGAAUCUGCUCGAGAAAAACAGAAAGUUACAGAAAGAACUGUUUCUUUGUGGUCACUGAUAAACAGUAAUAAAGAAAAGUUCAAAAACCCGUUCUAUACUAAAGAAAUCAAUCGAGUUCUAUAUCCAGUUGCCAGUAUGCGUCACUUGGAACUCUGGGUGAAUUACUACAUUAGAUGGAACCCCAGAAUCAAGCAACAACAGCCCAAUCCAGUGGAGCAGCGUUACAUGGAGCUCCUGGCCUUGCGCGAUGACUACAUCAAGCGGCUCGAGGAAUUGCAACUCGCCAACUCUUCCAAGGUUUCCAGUGCCUCCACCUCACCUUCCAGCCCUUCCCAAAUGAUGCCUCAUGUGCAGACUCACUUCUGACAGAGAACCCUUGUGCUGCGUUGCAGCCCUCAAUAAAGGACUUUGAGUUUGGGCAUCUGUACAAAGUAGAUUAAAAUAUUUGCCUCUGUGUAGAACUUGAACUAACAUAAUCUUAAACUCCUGAACAUGUGCCUUCUAGAAUACAUAUUACAAGAAAACCACAGUGUCCACACAGCAAUCAGAAGAAAGGAGCCAAGAUGAGCUUGUAGAAAACCCUGACAGCUUUACAAAGCAGUUUUCAAAAGAUAAAAUUUAAAUUCAGCUGACUUCUAUGGAAAUACUGUGUGUGCAAUAUGUAUUUUGUGGGCUUCAUUGCAACACCAUUAUUUUAAAUUAAAGGAGGAAAAUCUAUUUGUGAAAGGAGUUUUCCUCAGGCCACUUAGGAUAGUUGAUUUAGAUGAUCUGCAACCGAAUGCAAGUGUGAAGGAUGCGAUUACUGCCAAAACCAAAUUGAGCUCAGCCUCCUCAGCAGUAUCCAAACGCAAGAUGUUUAAAUAAUUGCCAAGUAUUCUACCAUCAGAAGUGGUGACUUACAGAGAAAUAGCCGUGUCGAUGAGUUGUUGAUUACUUUCAAAUUUGGGGGUAGAAAUCUUUUCCCUUAAUUUUCAAGAGAAGCCUAUUUUUAUAUUAGAAACUGGAUGAGACCCAGUUAAAUACGGUUUGAUUUUGUUUUUUUAAUUUUGCCAGUUCUGUUUCUCUAAAUUCUUUCACGAGCUUGCUUAAAAUUUGGAAUCAUCUGGUUGCAGCAGAGCCCAUGUGUGGGACUGUUAAAGGAUGUCAGGUCCGUGUGGCCAUGCAGCAGGCGUCUCCAGCAGUGCUGCUCUGGGCAGUGCAGCCGCUCUCCCAAUGACUACUGUCUUGGAUCCAUGAGCUACUGCUGGAGUGUCGUUCUUUGAAAUAAAUGCCCCAGAUGUACAUUUGUUGAGCGUAUUCUCGAAAGCAGUGUUGAUGAAUUCCAGUUUAAGUGGUGUUGGGUUCCCCCCUUCCUCCCAAGUGUGCAGAAAAACUGGUUCUACAAAUUUUUACUUGAAGUACUGGGCAGUUUGCUUUUUUCAGGUUUGUUUUGUUUUGUAGUAUUAAGGGAAAUUUUAAAUGCACAGUUCUAUUUGAUAUUGACUAAUUCAUUUUAGUAAAUAUAUUUGUAAAAGCUAAGGCUAGAGUUAAAACAAUUAAUGUGUUUUACAAUGAUUUGUAAAGGACUAUUUAUAGCUAAUAUGGUUUUGAUGUCAAUGAAUUAAGAGAGAUUAAAUAUAUCUUUGUAAAUUAUUUUAUUUCAUAGCUUAAUUGGUCUACCAAACCAGACAUCUCAAAUAUAAUAGUAUAAUGUAUGAAUUUUGUAAGUAUAAGAAAUUUUAUUAGACAUUCUCUUGAUUUUUGUAAACGCUGUAAAUAUUUCCUAAAUUAACAAAGUGUCACUCCAUAAAAAGAGAAAAAGAUAAUACUAAUAGCUUAUAGGAUUUUGUGAAAUUUCAUGAAAACUUUUUCAUGACAAAAAUGCCUAAA